AUGUUGUUGUCAAUUCACCCCGUAGAUGCCUGGAGAAGUGAAAAGGGUCUUAGGGAUAGAGCCGAUAACCAUGAGGCGAAAGGCGAAAUCAAAUCAAAUGACAAGACUACGACCUCCGCAUCAGCCCACCACAGAGAACAGCAUGCUAACGACGCAUAUAACGAACGAAAUGAGACUCCAAAAGGUAACGUUCGCCGAAAUGUGGAGGCGGCGAUUGCCAGUAGCGCACUUCAGUCGGAAACGAGAGGCUUGCACGUAUACGUCGAUAGGGCGAACAGCGAAAAGCAAGCUGAAAUUGUGUACCAGCCUGCAGAAGGUUUUUUGAAUACGGCCUACUUCAAUACGCUUCUGGUAAUAUUCGCAAUUCUCGUGCUUGUGCUCACGCUGGUCGCCGACAUAGAAAUGCGGAUCCAAUCCAAAGAUGAAUUCAUGCGCCAGGCUUUUGAUAAUUGCGUGAGACAGGUGGCACUCAUGAGUUUUGUGACCCUCAGCCUCUACAUUGCAAUGCAUACGGAUCUGGCGAAACGGCUAGACGAACUCUUCGUCCAGGAUUCAAAGCAUCUCGAGGUCUUCGAUGCACUCAUGCAGAUAUCAUUCUUCCUGUUCUGCUGCUUUUUUGUAUAUUGUAUAUACAUAGGUAUUGUAGUAUCGAGGUGGACCAAGUUCAUGCGUAAAGCGGAUGAGGCAGAUGUUCUUACCUCCGCGAAAGAGUUCGACUUCGUCAAUGGAAGCCAGUUUAUCUGGAAUCGCAAUGUCAUCAAUAAGGCCAGGUACAUGGUCAACAGAAUGGAAUUCGGUGAUGCCGUCAAGCAGAGGGGGUACUCGGAUGUUGGCGGUUGUUAUUUCAUGGACUACCUGAGAGCUUCGCUUAUCCAGAUAGCUAUGACCCUAAUCAGGAUAUCACGCGUGAGCUUGUUUGUGGCCUUAUCGGUGCUUAUCGUAUUGAGAUUCAUAGGCCCUGUACAUAUCAUGCGCACAAUACACAUCCUAUCCUUUCUUAACACUGCGGCUGUAGUCGCACUCGCGUGGCGGAUUUGGUAUAUAGAAUCGCAUCUCUAUCCGCCGGAACUAUCGCAAUAUAUGCUUCUGAAGCUCAAUGUCUCCGAUGUAGGUGAAGCGUUGCAGCCGACGUACAAGGGGGGCAACGAGUACGCACCGUCUAACAUCGUGCAAUAUUGGAUCUGUGGGGAUGCGGCUAUAAACGCUCAUGAAAAUUUGUUCUGGUUGAAGCAACAUGGUCCCAUCGUCCUACGCAAGGCCUUCGAGGCGCUGCUCUUCUGCCACCUCAUGAUACUAUCCGUAUGGUUAUAUUGCCUGAAAAACAACGCAAAGGCUAUUAUUGAAGAUUACGAUGCCGCUGCUCCGCUGGUUGGAACCGUGAUCGUCGCCGUGCUGGCACCGAGCAUGCUAUACUCCCUGGUGAUCGUGACCAGGUGCGGCAAUCUUAUCGAUUACGAGCUAUUGGAGAAGGUUCUAACGUCACACAAGAACGAAAAUGCCAAAAAUGCGCUGCAAUUAAUCGACUCGCUAGCCAUGGAGGCGAUCAUAUUCGCGUUGGAGAAGGGCGGUGAUGAUCAGUGGAGAAAAUUACUGGCCAAGCAGAAGGCGCUACCAGAUGCAAUUACAAGCCAAAUUAAAUCGCAUUGGAAUUCCAUGAAGAAUGUGAAUGAUGAGAUUAAGUUCUCGGCGCUGCUAAAAUACCUUCAAUCACAAUGGGGGAACUUCCGUUCGUGUAAUCAACAGCGCAUGAAGGAGUUCGUCAAGCAGUUCAUGCGCCACGACCCGAAGACCAUGAACUGUCAGGAGUUUAUGGUAUUUGGCUACGCCAUCAAAAGCAUGAUUCUAACGCCACUGGAAGAGGAGUACCAGACCGCACUCUUCGAGGACAAGUUCGAGAUCCCGUGGCGGUCGCCAUGUGGCGUUGACCUUAACAAUUUCGAUACGAUUAUAACGCAGGUUGCACAGUGGCCUCCAUUCGACUUUCAUCAAAUCUGCAUAUACGAACACUUUAUACGUAUAUCAAGAGGCUCAUCUUCCACACAGAGGAUAUCGUGCUAUGCAGAUUUCUACAAGGCAGUUGGUACUAUGUCUGCAUAA